UGGAAAAGUCUUUCAUCCACCUUUUUUUAUAAAUUCAACUUAAAGCUACUUUUAAGAGAAAGAGAAAAAUUUGUUAUCUAGGUUGGUUGGUUAAAAAAAGAGGGAGGGAUCUCCUAGGAGCGGAAAAUAUUCCACAGCAGGUGGCGUUAAUAAUUGAAGAAUAGAGCGGCAGAUCGCUUCUCGGGCGCCAGCGCUAUUCGCUCCUAACGUGGCUUAGUCGGGUCUUAGAGAAAAUGUGACAGGCCUGGAAAAUAUACGUUUUAUGAAUGCUUUCGAAAAGAAGCCUAUUUAUAUAUUAGAAAGAGAGAAUAUCGACUUUCAUGAUACUUUUAUGAAGGAUCGUAUCGAAUGCAUAGCCAGGAUUAUCGAAGAGGAAUUAAAUGAUCAUUUGGAUUAUGGACGUUUUGCAAACUCUCUUCUUUCUACUCUUUCAAUCUCUUAUUUACGAAAAUGUCUUAAUGAAGGAUUUGACGAUUUUAUUACCUCGCAAUCUCCCAGGAAUCAUUUGCUGCUCCGUUUCUGUCAUUCUUUGGAAAAAGAACGGACAAAGGCUUCAUCUUGGAAACGAUCGAAUAUAUCAGUUAAACUCAACCUGCUUGGCUUUCAAGUAAGAAUCUUGAAUAGGUCCUCUUUACCCGUUAUUGUUUCCAUUUCAAUGCCUCUUCCAGUAGCAAGUUUAAAUUUGAUGGAAAGUAGGAGAAUCAACUUUGAUCUGACCGCUCUGUUGCUUUUUCUUACUCUUUCCAUUUUUUCUCUUCCUCUUAUCAAGUGCCAUAAAGUUAAUUAUUGGAACCCAGAUUUCCUUCUUAGUCACACUGUUAGUGAUGUAAAAAAUCUCAAGCCCUAAAGUAAAUACGCUUAGGAUAACAAAAAAUGAUUAAUACUCACCACAGUAUCAAAGCUCGUACAUCCUAGUUCAUCCUUUAAAAAAACCAGCGUUAAAUUCCGCUGCGUCACUUGUUUUCUUUAUAUUAAAAAAAGGUAGAACGGAUAAACGUCUUUUCUAUUUUCUCGCCUAUUAACUACCUCCCAUAUAUUACGCGUCUUUGUACUUAUGUAAAAGGAAAAGAAAGAGAGCAUUAAUAAAAGGCACCUUUUUUCUUUUAAUGAUAGAAGACAACUAAUUUUGAAGAAUUAGUACAAGGGAAAAGAAAGAUAUGUAGCCAAUUCAGGGAUAAAUGAUUUAAUUUAUCUUUUUCCAUGACCAUUAAGUUGAAAGCAGAAAGAGAAAGAUAGAAGAAAACUGAAUUCUUACAAUUCCUUCGUCUUGAAAAAGGACUUUUUAAACCUAUAAAGAAGUUUCUUGACCGCUUUUAAAUCCCAAAAAAACUAACCGCAUUAAUAUUAAUAGCGUCUACAGUAAAUAAGAAAAAUAUGGGCACUUCCUUUUGUUUUACGGACAAUACAAUUAAAUAUAUGUUCUCUUUUUUUUAUUUGAACCUUCGCAGAGUAGUGAUGGACAACGAUGAGGGAACUUAUGCUUGCGAGGCAAAACGAGAAGUACCAGAAUUCUUUCAAGUUCACGUGAGAGAUCCUCCAUAUUUCACAACUAGGCCUAGGCGUUACUAUCAGGAAAUGGUCGGUAAAACAAUCAGUAUUGUUUGUGAAGCUAAUGGUAAUCCUACCCCAACUUUGGAAUGGAGAAAGGUGAAUGGUGAAAUCGAUAUGAAAGGGCCACUGAUUGAAGGGGGACGUCUAGUGAUUGCCGAUUUGAAAAGGGAAGAUAAAGGUUAUUUUGAAUGUAUAGCAAAGAAUUCGGUUGCUACUAUAGUCACUUCAACUCUACUCAUAAUCGAGGCCGUUCCAUCUCAUAAAGUUCUCAACGUAACUUUUGAAACUGCUGAGACCUCACUAUAUAUCAACUGGCUGCCAGCUUUUGAUAGCGAUUAUUCAGAAUUACAAGACUAUUUUGUAUGGUAUAGAGUUAUAGGAAGAAGUAAUUGGACUACUGUUUUUGUACCGAAGGAACAAACUAGCGUCGCUAUUCAAAGCCUUCAACCGGAUACGGAAUAUGAAUUCGUAAUACUUUCGAGAAAUAGUUUGGGUAACGGUUUGUUCAGCCGCAAGUUUAGAGUAAAAACAAACGGCUCCGGUAAACUGAUAACUAACGUCCCACAGAAUCAACUGCUACCGGAACGCACCCUAAAGAUACCUGCAGCAACGCCUCCAUUUCCACCCAGGAAUGUUACAGUACGCCCUGAGAAGAACUAUUUAAUAAUUAGGUGGCUACCUCCAAAAAACCAAACUAUUGCCGUCCAUUAUUACAAAGUUCAUUAUAGAACUGUUGGAAAAUUAGUUGCAUUAUCAGAAAAAAUACGAAAUAAAACUUUUUACAAAUGGUUUGGUUUCUCUCGUGGUGCUCAAUAUCGCUUUAAAGUAAAAAGCUAUCAUAAUAACACUCCUUCGAAUACAAUAGAGGAAAUCCUCUACGACACAGGAGAUCCAUUGAAUGAAGGAGUAAAAAUUUCUAAAGCAGCUAUUGGAGGAAUUGUUGGCGGUCUGGCCUUCUUGGCAGUUGCCGUUUUGUUAGCUUUAUGUAGCGUCAAAGAGAUGUUAAAUACUUUGGACCAAAGAGUUCUGAUUGUAGAAAAACCUGAAAGACUUCCGGCUGAUGAGGUUGAAGAAGAGUCAAACUUAGGAGAAAGCGAAUUCAAUCAUGUUCUAUGUAGUCAUAAUCAUUUACCGAUUUUAUCUAGCGAUCAAACAUCGGAAUACGAUCGUGUUACCUACGAUCACAUUAGUACGUUUAGCGCUCACCUUACGCCUAUGGCAGCUUACCGAUCUAGGGAUAGUUUAAAAGGAAGCGUUAAAGAGACGCCUAUAUAA